UAUCGAAUCUUUUUUCUUUGUUAUAAAAAAUCAACAGAAUCUUUAUGAUCCCAAAAACGACACUCGGAGACUUUUCUUAGGGCUUAUCCGAAUCCGAAUUCUCAGUGCAAGUUGAUAAAAAAAAGUCUUAUCAUCAAAUCAAACCAACCCCUAACAACCCCCUCCGAUCUCCAGAUUCAUCGUCGCCCUGAGUGGUAUAUCUACAGAGAAGGGGAGAAAAGAUGGCGGUUACUAUGAAGCAUAUGUCGUUGAUCGUCUCUUUGUUUGGCGUAUUGUCCUUCCUUCUUGGAGUCAUCGCUGAGAACAAGAAGCCUGCAUCUGGGACUCCAAUUAACGGAAAGGGUGUGGUUAUCUGCAAAUAUCCAUCUGAUCCAACUGUUGCCUUGGGUUACCUUUCUGCUGCCUUCCUCCUUGCCUCCACCGUAGCUGGAUACAAAUCCCUCUUCAUGUCUUACAAGGGAAAGUCUGUUCCCAACUCCGUCUUGUUCAAAAGCACCAGCUUCUCCGUCUUCUUCAACAUUGCCUUGAUUACAUCUGGACUGGCACUGUCCCUGUUGCUAUGGCCAACCAUUACAGAGCAGCUUCACUUGACGCGUAAUGUUCAUCGGAACUUAGAGACCGCUUGCCCCACGGCUAAGACUGGUCUGCUUGGUGGAGGUGCCUUCGUGUCAUUAGACUCGUGCCUUUUCUGGUUGGUCGCUCUGAUGCUCGCUGAUAACGCACGUGAAGACCAUUUUGAUGAAACUGAGAAUAGGAACUUCAAUGGGAACUCUUCCUCUAGGGAUGUUAGUCUCAAGAUUGAUGCUUGAGAGAAUAAUCUGCAUCCGAUUAUUAGUAUUGGGUAUUAAUAAAUGGUUUUUUACACUAUUAUUUUGCUUGUUUGAUUAGAAAAGAAAAAUGACUAUUCGUUUCUUCCGGUUU